CAUUGUGUUUCACGGGAAAGAAUGAGAUUUCCAACAAAACCUCCAAAAUCACCUGAGAAGGACGCAUAUCCCCUUGAAAACAUCUCAUCAACUCAAACUAAAAGCUUCAAACCAGAGAGCUCUGAGGGACAAUGUAAUUCAGAUGAUCAAGCUACUUCACUGACUCAAGAGAUGAAACGUGUUAUCGAUCAAUCACAAAGGAGAAUGACUUUUCUGAGAAAGAAGUAUAUCCCAACAGCUUAUUACCAUAAAGAGCUGCUGGGGCAACUGAGGUCACACGUCGACUCGCUCAAAUCGUGCAGACGGACCCGUAGCUCGCUGAAAAUCAGAAAGUUUCUCGCAGAAAAACAAUGGAAAAUGGCGGAAGUGAGAAGGAAACAAACGAACCACUGAACACUGGCAAAGAAGAGGAGGAAGAAAGUAAGAAAGAAUUCGAAUCUCAUCCAAGGUCGAUGAAAUUUGGUAAGUUUCACUUGAACCAAAUCUCGUUGUCCCCUCUGUUACCGUAUAAUCUAACCGUCAGAAAAACACUGCAAUCCUACAAAUUCAACCACUUUAUUAAACAACUCGUGAUAUUCUUAAGAGAGGAUGUCAGCAUCCAUCGAACAAAUUUGUAAUAUUGUGGCAAGUCGCCCAAAAUUCAUUUUC